CGACAUCAAUCAUGGCAUUUCUUAACUUCCUUAGAAUUCGAUUUUAUCGCAUUUUAUAAAAAUUUUUAUGGAAUAACUUUUCCUGAGAUUAAUGCUCCACCUAUACUUUAUCGAUUCAUCAGAGAUUUUAUGUUACCAGUUGAAACAUGUUAUCUCCAAGGAAUUGGCGCAAUUGAUCAAUUUGAAUCUAGAAAUAAAUCGAAAUCCUUCUUUUUCAUUGUUAUCGUGAUAAUUAAAAUGAUCUAUGGAUUGGAUGGACGUUUCACAACAACUGAAACUAACAUCGAUGAUUUUAUUGAACCAAUUGAAAAGAAAAUUCAAGAAUCGAAUUUUUGUGUUGAAGUUCCAGUCAAACAUUCAUCAACUUCAAAAUCUUGUUCGUUUUCAAAAGAUCCAAUGAAACAUUUAC